AUGUCACCUGGGAAAGUUCUGCAACCUGUACUGAAAAUGAAGGUGGAUGAACUCUUUUUGUGCUGGUUGAGUCAGCCUGCAACUCAGCUGACACUAAAGGACUGCUUGAGAAGAAUCAAGAACGAGGAGGAAAUGGAGACUGGUCAUGGAGAUUCAGGAAACGAUAAAAAUGAGAGGUUUGCUAAUAAAAAUUCCAAUUCCAAGCAAUGCGUGUUAGGAGAUACCAGAUUGCCUUUGAUGUCUUUCAGUCCUCCCCAACUUUCUACUACUCUUCCAUUGGCAACUCCAGCCAGCCCAAGGAGCAUUUCUAAUGUUAGAGCAACACGUCGGUCAUCAGGAACCAGAGUAGUUCAGACAAAGAAGGAAGAAACUUUGCCACCAUCACUUAGUCAAAACAUUCCGACUUUCUAUUUUCCUCGAGGAUGUCCUAAGGAAAAAGUGAAUAUAGAUGCUGUGAUUGCCAAAAUUGAGAGGACUUUCUCUGAGUUUCCAAAUGAGAGGGCAACAUUAGAAGACAUGGGGAAGGUUGCAAAGGCUUGUGAAUGCCCACUUUACUGGAAAGGUCCUUUGUUUUAUUGUGCUGGAGGUGAACGAACAGGAUAUGUGUCAGUUCAUAAAUUUGUUGCAAUGUGGCGGAAAAUACUUCAGACCUGCUAUGAUGAUGCUGCAAAGUUUGUUCAUCUUCUAAUGAACCCUGGAUGCAACUACUUGGUGCAAGAAGACUUCAUUCCUUUUUUACAAGAUGUGGUGAAUAGUCAUCCUGGCCUAUCAUUUUUAAAAGAAGCAUCUGAAUUUCAUUCUCGGUACAUUACCACAGUUAUACAGAGAAUAUUUUAUACAGUAAAUAGGUCCUGGUCUGGGAAAAUAACUUGUAACGAGCUCAGGAAAAGCAACUUUUUGCAGAAUGUGGCAUUAUUGGAAGAGGAAGCUGAUAUUAACCAGCUGACAGAGUACUUCUCAUAUGAACAUUUUUAUGUUAUCUAUUGCAAAUUUUGGGAGCUGGAUACAGACCAUGACCUCUAUAUUGAUCGGAAGGAUUUAGCUCGACAUAAUGAUCAUGCAAUUUCAAAUAGGAUGAUAGAACGGAUCUUCUCAGGAGCAGUAACAAGAGGUAGAAAAGCACAAAAAGAUGGGAAAAUUAGCUACGCUGAUUUUGUCUGGUUUUUGAUAUCUGAAGAGGACAAGAAGACACCAACUAGCAUUGAAUACUGGUUUCGCUGUAUGGAUCUUGAUGGGGAUGGUGCUUUGUCUAUGUAUGAAUUGGAGUAUUUUUAUGAAGAACAGUGCCAAAAAUUAGACAACAUGGCCAUAGAACCUUUGCCAUUUGAAGACUGUUUGUGCCAGAUGCUGGAUCUUGUGAAGCCACAAUAUGAAGGAAAAAUUACUCUGCAUGAUUUAAAGCGAUGUAAGUUGACAAAUGUGUUUUUUGAUACUUUUUUCAACAUUGAAAAAUACCUUGACCAUGAACAGAAGGAUCAGUUUUCUAUGUUGCGGGAUGGUGAAGGUGAAAGCCAAGAGGUCUCUGACUGGGAGAGGUAUGCUGCUGAAGAGUAUGAUAUCUUGGUAGCAGAAGAGGCAGCAAGUGACCAGUGGAAUGACGGGUAUGAAGCAGAACUGAAUCCUGUAGACCAUCAGAAGUCCAACGUCCUGAAGUAUCAAAUGGAAAAAAGACCAUUUUUUGAAAUGCCUUCCCAUCUGGCUGAUGUAGACUUGGAUGAGUAUGACUAUGAAGAGGACUUUGAGUAGCCAUUGCUUACGGUCAACACUUGCAGAAGAGAAGGGACAGUCUGCAGCAGGUCUGCUACACACCUGUAUGUUUCAGUGGGUUUUGUUUCCAGGAAGUCAGCUUAGUUUUGUGCUAAAAAUAUUUAAUCACUACACUACCUUUUAAAUAGAAGAAGCAGCGCAUUUGUAUGGAAUGAUGAAACUUUUUGUAUUUAUUCAAUAGUCUAUAGUUUGUAAAAUAGAUUAAAAUAUUUAUUUACAGAUGUUGCAUAAUUCCUUUUUGGAAGAAUAACAAUAUUUGACUUUAGAGAAAAGUAUUCUACUGUUUUUAAGAGAACUGUGUCAUUUUCUUGAAGUUGAUGUGUGGUGCACUGACCAUCCCCGCCCCAUAUGCGAACAGGUAUUCCUGUCCUGCUGUGGGAGGUAAGGAGACAAUUUAUACCUGGCCUGCAAUGCUUAUAUGCUC